UUGACUCGUUACAAAAUGACAUGUACCAGUUGUUACUUUGUUUGGAAUAAUGUUUUUUGUCAUUUUAUUCAUCCAUAUUCAAAGCUUUACAAUAAACUCUAAUAUAUCAACACAAAACAGGCAAAGUUGUGAGUAUUCUGAAACAAAAUAUACAACAAGAAACAUAAGAGAAUACAACAAAAAGUUUACCGAUGAUGAACUCAACAAAGCUUUUGAUGAGAAUUUUAAAUUACAUAAAGGGAAAAAAGAAAAAUCCCUAGAUGGAUCCCAGGAGGCUCUGCAAAGAAAAUCAAGGGAUGCGGCGAAUACGAGUAACGAAGGCUUGGAAUGUUUGUCGUGCUAUGCGGACGGGAUUUCCGCUACAGAUGAGAAUUGUUAUAAGGGAUCAGGGGUUUCGACACAAAAAUGUUUGGAUGCCGAAAAGUGCUAUAUCGAACUUCACCCUUUAUACAUAAAAAGGGGAUGUGUAUUACCUGGAUCGCUAAAUAGAACGUUUGUAUGCAAAUGUCCUUUAUGUAACGAUAAGCCUUCGUACGACCCCGCCUAUUACGAAUAUACGAAACUUAGCGAUUGGGAAUAUGAUAACGAGCGCCUUAAGAAGCCUCUGAUGUCGAUUGCUUAGAAAUUCUUACGUGUCAUACACACAUCGCUGUUGGCAACAACUUGUUUUAAAAACAUAAAUAAAUCUUAUCAUGUAGUACUAGCAUGAAAAUAAGUGGGAUUAGCAUUGUUUUAACUAUUUUCGCAUUCAGAACAAGUACAGGGAAGUCACAGAAUAACAAUAAAUACUUACCGUCGUUUAGAAUACAUGCUGAAGAAUCAGAUCAUUAUGAUGGUGUAAAAUCUCAUAAAGAUAACGAAAGCAGUAAUCUUGUAGCUUUCUUAGUGGAAAAUGUUAAAAAGAUUUUUGACGAUUUACACGAAACUACUUCAAUAAUAGAUAGAUCAUUUGAAAAAUUAGAUACACUCUCGGAGGUACAAACACAAACUCUAAAUCAUGAUGAUGAAAAUGAAGAUGAAAAUAUUAAUGUUGAGAAAUCUUCUGAGGCUACAACAUAUAACACUAAAAUUGCUGGUAAAGUUGAUAAAGCAUAUAUUAAAGUUACAAAAAGAAGAAAAGUCAAUGAUGCUACUACAAUAAAUUAUCAGAUACAUUUAUCACGCGAUUUAAUGUAUCACAAAACUUCAUCUCUAGCUGAGCAACUAACGAAUCGUGCUGAGAAUAAUACAAAUUGUAACUUGUUGUAUGAAUCGCAAUUAGAAAGAUUUGCACAUCGACGUCGAUCGUGUAUCGCAUGUGAUAAUAUAAUGGCAAAAGAUUGUAGUGACCCCAAGAAUAAACUUGUGCCUUCUAUUUUAUGUGAACGUGAAGACGAUUUGUGUUAUUCAAUGCACACUCCAUUUGGAAUUAUCGAUCGUGGAUGUUUCAAUGUGAAUUACAAUAUUAGCACCUAUGUCUGUUCCUGCAAUCUUUGUAACUACAUAUCCAUUUCUGAAAUGCCAUAUAUUUUCUCCAGCAAGCGCGAUUGGGUCGAUAAUGUUGUUGAGCUCUCACGUACGAUACGAUUUAGAAAAUCGGUUUUUAAAGAUAUGUCUUGCUUGAGAUGUGAAGUUAACGUGACCACCGAAAGAGGAGAUAUGCUCGAUAGCGCAAAUUGCUUGGAAGGUAACGUGUAGAGGUUUAUUACCCAGAGAAAUAUGCGGCGAAGACGAAAUAUGUGUUGUGAAAUCAAUUAGAAGUCAAGGCUAUAUUUGGAGAGGUUGUGCUAAGUCUCCACUGUACAAUUACUGGUGGAAAUACUGUGACAGUGAUCUUUGUAACUAUGACAGCAUAACAUCUAUUUAUGACUUUUUGUAGCUAUAUCACUAAUUGGCUAUUGUAUAUGUAUAUUCAUUUCAAAUAUUAUCGUGACUAAAUUGUUUUAUACAAAUAAAUUAUAAAGUUAUU